UUUGUAAAAGAAAAUUUUCAAGGAGGCCUCUCUCUCUCUCUCUCAUAUUAAGUGUGUUGACCGUUUUGAUCAUCAUGAUCAAAAUUCUUAAUGAUAAUUAUUCAAGUACAUGAAAAAAAGAGAAUAUGAUCAUACAUAUUUAGAUCAAGAUAUGAGUAUCUGACCAGCUUGAAAUAUGUAUCAUGUAUUUACAGACAGAAUAUGAUCAAGACAGAGCUAGUUUUUACUGUUUUCUGCAGAUCACCCGAUCCACGGUCGCCGUACAUCUGUUUGCCGUCAUUCGAUCCAACGGUCGUGAUUAAAAUAUCCUGUCCACCGUGAUCUUGUAUGGCGGUGGCGAUGUGUCUAAAACACCAAAAAAAAAAAAUUUACAUAGGAGUGUGUGUGAGUGUGAGUGUGAGCGUCAGAGACACUUACUACUUUCCACUUUCGUGGGUGGUUUCGGUCGAAACGGCGUCGUUUUGACACUUUUUUGACUUUACUGAGAAAAGAAAAGACCAUUUAAAGAUAGAGGGCUUUCACUUUGUUUGGAAAUUGGGACACAGGAAAUAAAGAGCAAGAAGAGUUAAGACAGUGAGAGAGUCCGGCGAUGCUGAGGAUGGACGAUUUAUCUCAAUUCUUGAUUCUUCUUCUUCUUCUUCUUCUUCUUCUUCUUCAAAUCUGAUCGUUCAUCUGUGAGACUUUCAACUGACGGCUCUGAUCGUCUCUUCUGUUCUUUCUCCUCUCUGGUCUCCCUGCUAAAUGUUGUUGGUUAAAGAGUCCAGUCGCAGUGCAUAAUCUGAAGAGCUCCCAAGUGCAGUAAGUUUGAAUCAAUGUAAUCAGUUUCGACUACUUCACAAAUGCUAGUAGGUUAGUUGAUGACUGGUUUCGAUACUUUUUAUCUCUCUCAUUCAAUUGGUGUCAACUGGCACCUUCUUGAGAGAGAGGUCAUCUCUGUCCCACAGUUUGAACUAGGUACGGGUUUUCAUCUUCUAUGUCUGCUAAGUUGGAUAUGCCUGUUCGGACAAAUAUGGCUGUUGCAGUUUUUAAUCGUGUUCGCAAUGGCGAGUGCAACAAUGUUGCGACCAGUGGGAGUCUCUCUCGGAGGAGAAGAGUUUUUGUGCAGACUGAGACUGGUUGUGUUCUGGGAAUGGAAUUGGAGAAGGGUGACAACGCACAUACUUUAAAGAGGAGAUUGCAGGUUGCUCUUAAUAUACCUACUCAUGAGAGCUCUUUGACAUUUGGGGAUCUUGUGUUAAAUAAUGAUCUUAGUGCUGUUCGAAAUGAUUCACCCUUACUUCUGACUAGGAAUAUCAUUCACAGGAGCUCAUCAACGCCUUGUUUGUCGCCUACUGGGAACAAUCCCCUUCAGCAGUGGGAUCAGAGUGAGCUGGUAGAGAUAUUAGCAGGUAAUCGCUUACUUGGAAGCAGUGAACUGGUCAAGGACAUUGUAGUGGCUAUCAAGAAGGGUGUCGAUCCUAUCCCUGCUCAGGGUGGGCUUGGAGGUGGAUAUUUUUUUAGGAAUAGCAGCGGUGAAACUGUUGCCAUUGUGAAGCCAACAGAUGAGGAGCCCUUUGCACCGAACAACCCAAAAGGCUUUGUAGGUAAAGCUCUUGGGCAGCCAGGCUUGAAGCGUUCUGUCCGCGUUGGGGAAACAGGGUUUAGAGAAGUGGCUGCCUACCUAUUGGAUUAUGAUCACUUUGCCAAUGUGCCACCAACAGUACUUGUAAAGGUAACACACUCAGUGUUCAAUAUAAAUGAUGGUGUAGUCAGUGGCAAUAAUCUUCAGAAUAAGAAGAAGGUAAGCAAGAUAGCCUCUCUUCAGCAGUUCAUUCCUCAUGACUUUGACGCGGGUGACUAUGGAACCUCGAGUUUUCCAGUUUCUGCCGUUCAUAGAAUAGGGAUUUUAGAUAUUAGGAUCUUUAACACUGACAGGCAUGCGGGAAACCUUUUAGUUAGACAACUAGAUGGUAUUGGAAGGUUUGAUAAGGUAGAGCUCAUUCCAAUUGAUCAUGGCCUUUGCUUACCAGAGAACUUAGAAGAUCCUUAUUUUGAAUGGAUCCAUUGGCCUCAGGCAUCAAUUCCUUUCUCCGAGGAUGAGCUUGAGUACAUAAACAAGCUUGAUCCAAAUCGUGAUUCUGAAAUGCUUCAGAUGGAGCUGCCCAUGAUUCGAGAUGCAUGUCUUCGGGUUCUAAUCCUUUGCACAUUGUUUCUCAAGGAAGCAGCUGCUUUUGGACUGUGUCUUGCUGAGAUUGGCGAGAUGAUGAGUAGAGAGUUUCAGAGCCAGGAGGACCAGCCGAGUGAACUUGAGGUUCUCUGCCUUGAGGCGAUGAGGAGCUUAGCAGAUUGGAACUCAUCAAGCUCUGAGGCUGAAAGAGUAGAUGAAGAGUUUCUCUUUGACAUAGAUAGUGAGGAUACUGCAGGCAUAAACCUUGCUCCUGUGAGCACAAGAAACCUCUCAAGCCAAGAUUCAUUUCACAAGUCGAAAGUUCCAAAUGGUCAAUUCUUGCUAUCUAAAUUGGAUGAGGGUCUCGAAGAAGAUGAUGAAGCUGAUGUGGAUGAGAAGCCAGACAAGAAUGAAGGAUUCUCAGAUUGGCCGAAUUGGGAUAACAUCGCUCCAAAGUUAUGCAUGUCUCAAAACAAGGCUGACUUUAAGAAGGAAAGAUUAUGUUAUAAUGGUAGAAUUGGUACCUCAUCUGGGAUAAGAACAAGUGCUAACGAGCAGCAACCCACCACGAGGACUUUUGUUGAUCUUUCUUUUAUGAGCAAGGAAGAAUGGGUAGUUUUUCUUGAUAACUUCAAGGAGCUUCUUUAUUCUGCUUUUGCCAAUCGAAGAUCUGCUACUAUUGAGCGGAGACAGAAGCUGAGACUUGGAUCAUCAUGUCGAUUUUGACAUAGUUUGACUCUGUUCAUUUAGUAAAACACGGAGAAAGAAGUGUACUUUUAGUUCGUAGAAGAUGGGGUGUUUUCAAUUAGUAGUGUAGUGUUGAACAUAAUAAAUGCCCUACAGUGUAACAUAUUUCGGGAUGUGUUUUGAGUGAAAGAACUAUGAGAUUACAUUUUCUUUCGUUUGCGUUUUCAUGUGAUACUCUCAUAAUUGGUUGCCCUUGCAUGGUUUUGAGUGUUCGUGAAAUACUUCAUUAUUUGGAGAAAAAUAUAGAUAGAAAUGGGUACGAAGAUGUAUAAUUUUUGUGUAAUAUUGCGAGUUUCUUAAUCUUGCUUGGAUGUAAAAUAUAUCAUUUUGUGUAA